GACUCACUGCGCUGUCAGCUGUCAAGAUGGCGGCUCCCUGGAGGUGCUGCCUGUGGAGCAGCGGGGGUCGGGGCUGGUGGCGGGCGACCCGGGGCUGCUGGCUUCCCAGGCUUCGGAGCGCUUGGCCCGGGGGCCCUAAGGGUGCGCGGCUUUUGUCCCAAGAGAAGCGGGCAGCAGAAACGCACUUCGGGUUCGAAACUGUCUCGGAGGAGGAGAAAGGGGGCAAAGUCUAUCAGGUGUUUGAAAGUGUGGCCAAGAAGUAUGACGUGAUGAAUGACAUGAUGAGCCUCGGCAUCCAUCGUGUGUGGAAGGAUUUGCUGCUCCGGAAGAUGCGCCCACUGCCUGGAACCCAGCUGCUGGAUGUUGCUGGAGGCACAGGUGACAUUGCAUUCCGGUUCCUUAAUUACGUUCAGGCGCAGCAUCAAGGAAAGCAGAAAAGGCAGUUAAGGGCCCAACAAAAUAUAUCCUGGGAAGAAAUUGCCAGCAAGUACCAGAAUGCAGAGGAUCCCUUGGGCGGUUCCCAGGUGGUGAUCUGUGACAUUAACAAGGAGAUGCUCAGGGUCGGAAAGCAGAAGGCCAUGGCUCAGGGACACAAAGCUGGACUUGCCUGGGUCCUGGGAGAUGCUGAAGAGCUGCCCUUUGAUGAUGACAAGUUUGACAUCUACACCAUUGCCUUUGGGAUCCGGAAUGUCACCCACAUUGAUCGGGCCCUGCAGGAAGCCCAUCGAGUCCUAAAACCAGGAGGACGGUUUCUCUGUCUGGAAUUUAGCCAAGUGAACAAUCCCCUCAUAUCCAGGAUUUAUGAUCUCUACAGCUUCCAAGUCAUUCCUGUCCUGGGAGAGGUCAUCGCGGGGGACUGGAAGUCCUACCAGUACCUCAUAGAGAGUAUCCGGCGGUUCCCGUCUCAGGAGGAGUUCAAGGGGAUGAUAGAAGAUGCAGGUUUUCAGAAGGUGACUUACGAAAGCCUAACAUCAGGCAUCGUGGCCAUUCACUCUGGUUUCAAACUUUAAUUCCUUUCCUAUGCUGGAGCGGGAAGCAGUCACAGCCUGUUGAAGUCUGGAACCAAAGGAUCAUCCGAGACGGAAGCAGAGCAUCUUCUCGUACGGAUAUGAGACCCAUGUUCUGAACCAGCGCACUUCAGAGUGAAAUGAACAAGAUCCUAUGACUGAUUUUCCAACUUUUAUGAACAGCCACUUCAAGGCCUCCCAGAGAAACUUAGUUCUGGGUUCUCUGUUGUUUGCAUUCAGGUCCUGGUGUGUGUAAGACUGGCACUAAAGCAGGUGUUGGGGGAGAUUUACAACUUCUCUGCCCAUGUUGUUUUUCCGAAUAAUAAUGGGUCAUUUGAAUCCCAUGAUGAUGUACUUGAACCAGAAAGCUUAAAGACAAUUGAGUUAACCUUUUAGCCUAGGACUGGGUCUAGGGGUCAGAAACCAAAGGCACUACUAGAAUAAUGUGCAGAACCAAUUCAU